GCGACCGCGCCGUGUUGGGUUUGAAUGGCUUUGAGUCCGCGCGUUUUUCUAAUUUCCUCAACAAAAUAACUGAACUGCGGUUAUUAAACUCUCAGCAACAUGAACAGCCGCCUGCAGGAGAUCCGGGAGAGGCAGAAGCUGCGGCGGCAGCUGCUCGCUCAGCAGCUCGGGGCUGAGAGUGCAGACUCAAUCGGCGCUGUUCUCAACAGCAAAGAGGAGCAGAAAGAGAUCGAGGAGACCAGAGAGACCUGCAGAGCAUCAUUUGAUACCACAGUUCCCGGUUCAAAAAGGAAAUGCCAGAAUGAAGGCGAAGACACUGAGGAGGAUUUGGAGGAGCAGAGAGAGGAUGUGGAGCCUCAGCAGCAGGAGGAGAGUGGCCCGUAUGAAGAGGUCUACAAGGACUCCAGCACUUUCCUAAAGGGCACACAGAGUCUCAACCCUCAUAAUGACUACUGCCAGCAUUUUGUGGACACUGGCCAUCGGCCACAGAACUUCAUCAGAGACGUGGGCUUGGCUGACAGGUUCGAGGAGUAUCCUAAACUGCGAGAACUCAUUCGGCUCAAAGAUGAACUCAUCUCUGCUACCAACACGCCACCAAUGUAUCUACAGGCUGAUCUAGAUACGUUUGAUCUGAGGGAUUUGAAGUGUAAGUUUGACGUGAUCCUGCUGGAGCCUCCAUUAGAAGAGUACUACAGAGAGUCCGGCAUCAUCGCCAGCGAACGCUUCUGGACCUGGGACGAUAUUAUGAAGCUGGAGAUUGACGAGAUCUCAGCGCUGCGCUCAUUCGUCUUCCUCUGGUGUGGCUCAGGAGAGGGGCUGGAUCUUGGCAGGAUGUGUUUAAGGAAGUGGGGUUUUAGGAGAUGUGAGGAUAUCUGCUGGAUCAAAACCAACAAGAACAACCCUGGCAAGACCAAAACGCUGGACCCCAAAGCAGUUUUCCAGAGGACUAAGGAGCACUGUCUGAUGGGCAUUAAGGGGACAGUUCGGCGUAGCACUGACGGAGACUUCAUCCAUGCUAAUGUGGACAUUGACCUGAUCAUCACAGAGGAGCCGGAGAUGGGAAACAUAGAGAAACCUGUGGAAAUCUUCCACAUCAUAGAACACUUCUGCCUGGGCCGCCGCCGCCUGCACCUGUUUGGCCGAGACAGCACCAUCCGCCCAGGCUGGCUGACCGUGGGUCCCACACUGACCAACAGUAACUUCAAUGCUGAAGCUUACUCCGCCCACUUUGCCACCUCUCACCUGUCCGGCUGCACCGAGGACAUCGAGAGGCUCCGCCCCAAAUCCCCACCCCCUAAGGUCAAACCGGAGGGGGGAAGGGGAGCGCCACGGGGAGGCCGAGGCGGGACAGUGGUGGGGAGGGGUGAUCGAGGUCGGGAGAGAAACCGCCCCAACUUCCGCGGAGAGCGGGGUGGCUUCAGGGGCCGUGGAGGGCCCCAUCGGGGGUUUCCUCCAAGAUAAUUCACAUUUUUGCUUUGAAAAUCAUACCGACAUAGCUAAUAUGACAGUGAAAUUAUUUUUAUACAUGAUCAGCAAGAUGUGAAUCAGUGGUUCCUAAUGCUGUUCUUGCUGUUUCAGCAUCUGCCCAUUGGAUCCUGUUAUAAGUGUGUUCAGAGCCAGUGGGUGUUCAGUUCAUUUCUAAAUAAUGUAAGUAAUAUUCUUCAAAAUUACUGUCAUGGUAGCUGACUGUGUGCUAAAGAUGUAGCAGAUAGAGAUUAGAUUAUAAAUUCGGAGUAUUCUUUUCAGCCAGAAGUCAAGCCUGUCCAGUAGCAGACGAGUUCAGGAAUAUGUUUGGGAAUCUUUAUUUUAAAUUAACUAGCUCUACUCUAGAAAAUUCCUGCUUUAUGAACCCCCACGCCCAAGUGUCCGACUAAUCAGCUAAUGAUGAGAAAAGGAAAACUGAGAAGCUUCCGACCUUCAAAUGGGAAAAAUCCAUUUAAAUGUCCAUACAACUCGUAAUUCCAAUGGAACGUGGAUGGAAAAGAGUUUCUCAAGAGCUCUUACAUUUACAGUUUGCUAUAAUGUGAUGUAUUUUGAACAUGGGGGCAUCUAUAGAACAAGAAGUAAAGAGAGUGUUUUAAGCUUUUUAAACAGACUUCUGAGUUUCUGUUUGUUCUGUUCGAUCAUAUUGUCACUGUCAGAACAACUUGGAUCUCCAUUUUUGUUUUUUUGUUUUGGUGUUUUUUUUGUUGUGUUGUUUUUUUUUUUUACAACAUUUGAAAACGCCAGCUGCACUCAUGUGUGAUAAAUGGACCACCAGAAAUGCAUGAAGUUGUGUGAAGGCUUUUAGAUGGGAAGUAGGAGAGUCAUAGUUAAAAAUUCCCAUCUCCUGUUUGUCACGAAUGCAGCAUAAGCCCUCCCAAAGUUAAAGCAGAUGUGUUAGAGCAGCAGGACUCCAGGAUCAGUGUUGGGAACCACUGGUGUAACUGCGUCUUGAAACUAGGUUCAUGUAUUGACAAUAGGAAAGACUACAAUACCUGCUUAAAGGAACCGUUCAGUCGUAAAUGCUAAGAUUGCUAACAGUGAAUGAAAGCAGAUGGCCAGUAAAUGCUGUUAUGUGAAGUACAUCAUGAUUACUGGUUACUACUAGCUUCUAUUCGAUGUUAGCCACAUUAGCAUGCUUACUUUUUUAUCUGUUUGGAUUGUAUGAGAAUGUGGGUGGUGUAUUUGAGCUCGAGCUGGUUAUUAAGAUGCCAUUUUCUGUAUUGAAUUUUUUUUGUUUUGUAAUAAUAACAGACAACUUUUUCAGU